GCCGGCCCCGGGAGGCGGAGGACGGCUGCAGAGGCUUCCGCCCUGCCACAGAGCUUCUAUCUUGCCGUAGAGCUUCCGCCCUGCUGUGCUGCGGCGUCGUGAGGGAAGCGGAGCCGGGAGCUCGGGGCCGUUCGCUGCAGAGAUGGUGUCGCUGCUGCCACGCAUCGAGCGGCUCUCGUCGCGGGUGGUGCGGGUGCUGGGCUGCAACCCGGGGCCCAUGACCCUGCAGGGCACCAACACGUACCUGGUGGGCUCCGGGCACAGAAGAGUCCUUAUUGACACUGGAGAGCCAGCUAUUCCUGAAUAUAUCAGCUGUUUAAAGCAGGCACUGUCAGACUUCAACAUCGCCAUUCAAGAAAUUUUAGUGACACACUGGCAUCGUGACCAUACUGGUGGAAUACCUGAUAUCUGCAAAAACAUUCCGAGUGACUCAGAAUAUCGCAUAUGUAAGCUCCCUCGUGUCCCUCAUUGUGAAGAAACAAUAGAAGGAGGACAUAAAUAUUUUUAUCUUAAAGAUGGAGAUGUGAUAGAGACAGAGGGAGCCACACUCAGAGUUUUGUAUACACCAGGACACACUGAUGAUCAUAUGAUUUUACAUCUAGAAGAAGAAAAUGCUGUAUUUUCCGGUGACUGUAUUUUAGGGGAAGGAACAACAGUAAUAGAAGAUCUGUCUGAUUACAUGAAAACUUUGAAAAAGUUGUUAGAAAUGAAACCAGAUUUGAUUUAUCCAGGCCAUGGCCCAGUAGUACGUGAUGCAAAUACUAGAAUCCAAAACUACAUUUCUCACCGACUUGCACGUGAGCAGCAAAUUCUGAAUGUUUUCCAGAAGAAUACUGGGAAAUCAUAUACAUCCUCGGAGCUUGUAAAGAUGGUAUACAAGGAAAUCCCUGAGAAUUUACUUCCAGCAGCAGAACAUAACCUCCUAGUCCACUUGAAGAAGCUGGAAAAAGAAGGAAAAGUGUUACGUGAUGAAACUCCCAGCUUCAGAUGGAAAAACAAUUUAUAAAUUAGGCAAGAUUGCCCAGGAAUAUAUUUCAUUUGCAUGGUUGCUGUAUGAAAAAAUCAUAACAAUGAGCUGGGACUAUAUGUAAAAUAAAAACUAAUUUUUACUUGGUUUUUUAAAAAGUGGUAACAAUUUUAAAGCAAUGUUACAUUAAGUUUACUGAUGUUUUUCACAUUCUACUUUAUUGGAAUUUUAAAAUACUCUGGUGGGUACUGAGUUAGUAAAAUGGAAUGAGUGUGAAGAAUUGAAUCCUACCUUUGUUAUAAAGUGCUGAGUUUUAUCAUUGGUGGCAAAAGACAAAUAGCAAGAUCUUAUUAACUUAAUAUUAUAGUAUCUUAAAGCAGUAUUAUAAACCAAAUAAAUCACAUAUGUAAAAGAAAUCUCUAGUAAAAAAACACCAGGAAAUACGUUAUUCUAAACCUGGUUUCAUCUGCUUGUGGUUCUCAAAAAGUGAUUUUCUAAGAAGUUAUCUGUACAUUCUAAAAAACCAGGUUAUUUUUUGCUCACAGGUGUAAUACUGGGGUUUAUGUUCCGUUUCUAAUUCAACUGACUGUACUUGUCUUUGCUGGUUGCUCAGUGCAAUAUGUUUUAACAAACACUAUAAGUAAUUGUAGACUUUUGGGUUUUUUUGGUGGAAACACCAUUUCUAUGGAAUUCAUACAAAUAAUUCAUUAAUUUUAACUAACGAGUGUCAAAAAAUGCACAGAAUUGGAGCAGACUCUUAAAUUCUUUGCAAGAUUCUGCAAGAAUGUGAUUAAAAAGUUGUAUAAAUUGAGAUAUGUAUUACACGCCAUAUGAAAUUUUGCUGUUAAUCCACUUAAAGUAGAAAUACUUUAACUAAAAAGUUGUAUUUGGUUGUAAAAUACUGUACAGUGUAUUAAAAUAUGUUUGGAGAUUAAUUUAAAUUGCAAGUUCUGUUGUUCUCUGUGAACCUUCCACUUGCAGAAUAGUACAUAAAUAUUUGCAUUACUUUGUCUGUUCAAAGUGUGUGACAUUUGAUUAUAUAUAUAUAUAUUUCCUAUAGUAUUACUCAGCCUUAAAAACAAAAGCAGAUCUGAGAUGUUUGAAAAUACCAAGGACAAAUGCAUGUCCUUGAAAAUCUUUGACCACUCAGUCCUGUACCCUCAUUUGUGAAACAUGCAUAUAUGUUUGGGUACUUCAGGCAUGUCUUAAUAAUUGACAUUGUGAAGCUGAUGGCAGUUGUUCUGAUUAGCUGAGACAAAUCCAAAACAAAAAUACUCACAGGAAUAGCAACCCAAAACAGGAAUAGCAACCCAAAACUGAAAUCAUAUUCUGAGGUAGUGGGCAGACCCCUAAAGAAAACUUUCUGUAAAAAUUAUGCUUCUUGCAAACUUCAUUGAUCUGAAAUUUGGCCACAUCAUGACACAUGCUCACUUUUGACUUUUCUGCAGUGCCAUUUUGAGGUCUUUCUCAGGUCUGCUAGGUUUCCUUCCUAUUCUAUUUACUUACAUUUUUCCAGACACUUUUUAUCCCUUCCUCCCACCAACUUUUUUUUGCCUUCAAUUUCUUUUGGAAUAAUUACUCAGUUUUCAAAUGGACUUCUUUCCAUUAAUAAUUAACUUUCCUGCAGCUAUUCCAUGAAUUUAUAGUUACUUUUUCCAUUGCUGGGCAUAAAAACAUAAUUAUCACUGCUUUUUUGAAAAAGAUAAGAUAAUUCACAUACUCUGAAUGGUGUCAUUUUGCUUCAAGACAACAGAACUGUCAGUGAAAUGACAGUUUCCUGUCACGAGGUCUGAGAACCUAAGACAGCAGGAAACUGGUAUGAAGAGGUGGUGUCUCAUUACCUUUCUGAGCUAAAGAAGAAAUCUAAUGUCACUUAAUGAUUUUCUUCUGUUUUACUGUAAAUUUUGAAAUACAUGGGAAUGGCUUUAGAAUGCACUUAAAGAAUUGUUGGGACUUGCAGGCAGUGAAGAAAGCAAGAGGACACAAAUAGAAAACUCCAUGUUCUGUGCUGUGCUGCAGCAAAUGCCUGAUGUCUUCCAAAAACAAAAAAAGAAAAAGGCUGUUUAACCAGACAAGUCAUUAAUGAUUGUGUAUGGUGUCUUUGGAAUAUUAAGAGCAGAAAUUGCACUGUUACUAAGAUAUAUAUAUAUAUAUAUAUAUAUAUAUAUGUAUAAUAAAGGAUAUUUGACUAUGGCAUCUUGAAAAA